GUGACAGUCACGUGGAUGCUGCAUCGAUGGACAUAUUCUGUUCAAUUCGUUUCUGUUUCAUUCUGUAAUAAAACAGACAGACGCGCCGCGCCGCGCCUUCAUUUAUGAGAACACUAGAAUUACUACUUUAUGAACUACACAGUUUAUAUUACAUGAGGGGCGUGUCUUCAGGAAGAGGGCGUGUCUCUCUUUCUGUUCCGCAGACAGAGCUCCACAGUGAAUGCAGGAUGGAGCAGCUCGUCGGCCGCAGUGCUCCGCCAGGCCCGGUGCUGCAGGUGUGUUUCCCCAGCGUCCGCGCCUCGGUCCUGGAGAAUCUGAACCGGCAGCGCGAGGAGGGUCAGCUGUGUGACCUCUCCAUUCAGGUGCAGGGUCAGGUGUUCCGCGCGCACCGGUGUGUGCUGGCUGCUUCUUCGCCGUAUUUCCACGACCAGGUUCUGCUGAAGAACGUCACAACGGUGUCUCUUCCCUCCGUCAUGGACCCUCUGGCCUUCGAGAGCGUGUUAAACUCGGCCUACACGGGUCAGCUCACCAUCGUGCGUGACGACAUCAUCAACUACGUCACGGUGGCCAGCUUCCUGCAGAUGUGGCACAUCGUGGACAAGUGCACGGACAUCCUGAAGAGGUCACGACCUCUGGUUCAGCUCAGCCCUGGCGGGGCAGCGUCCUCCAGUCACCAGUCGCCCAGCAGCUCCGACUGCUGCUUCGUCGAUCCGGAGGACGGGGAGCGAGCGGUGGGCGAACAAACUCUGGAAAAACGACCACAAAGCGCGCUUCCGCCUCUGGCCACAUGGAGGCGUCCGACUCAGAGCAGGUGGAGCAGAAGCAGCCUGACGUUCCCUGUCCGAACCGAGCCCGAAUGCAGCCCGAAUGCGGGAGACGAAGGUUUCCACGCAUUUCCCGUCGGGCCUUUGCCGUCCAUCGAAACUUCGGACUUCGCGAGGCACCGAAUCCGCGCUCGCCUCCGAGGAGCGAAGGAAGAUGAGGAGCAGCGGCGGAUGGAAGCAGAUGAAGGAGUUGGAGAGCCGCUGGAUGAGGACAAAGUGAGGGUGAAGUGUGAGGAACACCAGGCCGGAGCCGUCGAGUCGGACAGACGUCUCGGAGAGAGCGAGACGGACGGACUGUGGAACCAGUGGACUUUGUCAGACGCCAAGCUGCUGGACGAAGACGAGGAGAACGAAACAGACGCUGCAUUCGAGACCUACGACGAAAUCGAGAAGGCCACGGGGCAGAUUUCCCAGCGUCCUUUGCCACCGCCGACGUCUGACCAGUUGGCACCGGGCCCGUCCGAGCUCUCCUGGGUCUCGCAGUCCUCCUCGUCCUCCCCGUGCUCUCCUCUCUCUGCGACUCCCAAAGUCCACUUCUGUCACUGCGGCAAAGCGUACACGCUGAAGAGCAUGCGCGACCGCCACGUGAAAAUGCAGCACCUGAACCUGCGUCCGUUCACCUGCCCCGUCUGCUCCAAGAGCUUCAAGAUGAAGCACCACCUGACCAAACACGUCAAGACUCACGGAGGCCUGCGUCCGUACGAGUGCGCGCUCUGCGGCAAGAAGAUCGUCUGGAGAGACAGUUUCCUCAAGCAUCAGGCUCACUGCCAGGGAACGACGACAUCAACAACAACGACGUCCGGCUGUCAAAAUGAGGACGCAGGUGCACCUGGACAAGUGAAGGUGGAGCAGGAUGAUUAUUCAUUACAGGACGAGGAAAUACACUCUUAAAAGUUAAGUUCCGUUGAACGCCAAAGGAAUGCCAUUCCUUUCAGUCAACAAUCUCUGGAUGUUAAAGGUUUUUUAUGAAUCCAUCGAUGCCAAUGAAGAACCUUUAUUUUUAAGAGUGCACACACUCUUAAUAAUAAAGGUUCCAAAAGAGGAAUCGCAAAAGAAGUGAUCAGUUCUUAAAACAACCAUUUUUUAUUAGCGUGGAUGUUGAAGGUUCUUUUCACUGUGAAGAACCUUUAAUGGUUCCGUGGAGGUUGAAGUUUCUCAAUGGCACCAGUAAACCUUUAUUUUAAGAGUGUAAACAGUCAUUUGCUGUAAGCAAAGGAAACAAUGGAAAUAAGUAUUAGUUUAUCUACUAAUUCAUAAGUGGAAGUACAUAGUGGAUAUAAACUCUUUAAAAUGUAAAGUUCCCAAACAAGGUUUUUGCAUUGAGCCUUUCAGUAUUUUUUUUUUCUUAGUGUGGACAACAUUUUACAUUUCAUUUAUGUAUUUAGCAGACGCUAAAGUGAUUUACAGUGCAUUCAGGCUAUACAUUUACUUUAUUUUUUUACCAGUACAUGUGUUCCCUGGGAAUCAAACCCUGGGCCAUUGACCAUCGAUGCCAAUAAAAACCUUUAAUUCUACAAAUGUAU